AUGGCAUCCGUUCAGCAGACAGCCGCAGAGACUUUGACGAUGUUAGAAGAGCGCCUGCGGAGAUUGGAGUUUCUCGUUGAAGGUGAUUUAUCACACCCUACAGAGGAGCUUGAAAGUAAACCGUCUUCGCGGAACGCUGUGAGCACGCGACUCCAUAACCUUGAGAGAGGACUUGAAUCAUUGAUCAAUCGCUCAAAUUCAAUUUACGACAUUCUCCUGCUGCACCAGCAAGUACCGGAUCUAUUCCACGCGUCUGCUGUAAAUUCAGUGCCUACCACGCUAGCGCCUGCCUCCCUCGCUCAGUUGAUACUCGCGCACGAACAAUUGCUUAAGUCCACGUCGGCUGGUCUGCAAACCAUUCACGACAUUGGUUCGAUUCCGGAUUCCACAGCAUUUGUGCAGCUAGUAGCGACACAGCCGCAGCUGGCGAAAGUGGAAGCUAAACAAGCCGAGCAGGUCCGAGAAUUUGCCGCUCUACGAGCACGAAGUGCACAACUUGUCGAGCAAUGGUACGAGUCCGGUGUGCUUAAGAUGGGCGGUCGAUGGGCAGAUUGGGAAGAAAAGUUACGAGAUUGUGAGAUUCUCGUACGACGACAAGAAGCUUCACGAAAACGGGAGGAAAGUGAUGCAUGA